CUAGUCUUCAUCUUCGCGAGCUCGAUCGAGCGAAGGCUCAUUGGCUCCAUGGCCGAAGCACAAGUUCUUUCCAUAUUCCAUUUCAGAGUGCAAAACUCCUUCGAGAGUGUUUCUUCCAUAGCCGAUCCCUGAUCUAACAUGAGCUGCUGCAAGAAAUGUGGCACGACGGACAAUGUGGUUCCUCAGGUCGGAUUCUGUCCCAAAUGUCUUCAGGCAUUCAUGUCUCAAAGCUCGACGCAACUAGGGCAGCACCAUGCAACCCAUGACUCUAAUGCUUGGUUGCUGCGGCUCUCCUCAACAGCACACGAUCCGGCUUCAGAAGUACGCAAGGUGUGCGUGGACAAUGACAUUGGAAAGAAUCUCCAGCCCCACCAGAAGGAAGGCGUUGAUUUUAUUUGGGAAAAUGGUUUCUCGGACUGUAAUUAUUUCCUAGAUGGGGAUGAAUCACAAAUUGGGGGCUGCAUUUUGGCUCACUACAUGGGUCUAGGAAAGAGCCUCACGUUAAUUACAUUGCUGCACACGGCUUUGACCUGUACCUCAUUGGUCUCUAGUGCUACAAAUAAGCCUCUAUUUCGAACUGUCCUCCUUAUUGCUCCGGCCAAUACCCUGACCAAUUGGGAAAAUGAAGUUGAAAAGUGGACAGGAGAGCUGGAAAGACCUCUUAGGAUUGUAAACCUUGGAAAGGCAAAAGCCGGCUACCAGGCAUCUGAAAUCAAGAAGUGGACCCGUGAUGGUGGUCUCCUGGUUAUGAGUGAUUCUCUGUUCCUAAAGUUGGCUGAUACACUGUUGAAAAUAGCCCAGCCAGAUGUGUUGGCAUUGGAUGAAGCUCACACGAUGCUGAAACGCUCUGGGAACAAAGGGUACAAGAAGCUCCAUGACAUUCGCACUAAACGAAGAAUCCUUCUGACAGGAACACCCAUGCAAAACAAUGUCACUGAGUACUUUCAUAUGGUGGAAUUCAUUAGACCUGGAGUCAUUGAAGUCCAAUCAGGGCAUGAGUUUGAGAAAGUAUUCCGCGAACCUAUUGAACGUGGCCUUCCUUCAGAUGCUGCCGAUGAAGACAAGCUGGUGUCUCUGCAGCAACAACUGGAUCUCAAGAGAAAGGUUGACCCAUAUGUGCACAGGAAGAGUGCAACUGUGUUGCGAGACCAGCUUCCCCCUCUAUACGACACACUUCUCGAUUUACACCCAACCCGGAUUCAAACAAAGCUGGCCAAGGUGUACAAGCGACAGCAACAUGAGGGGGAUAAAAACUUCUUCAAGAUGUAUGCUGCUCUGUCUCCCAUGUACAACCAUCCGGGAUGCUUAAAACUGAUCAAGGGAAAGAAAGGCAAAGAGGAAACCUGGAAGCAAUAUGAUGAUGUGGUAGAUGAUGAAGACUUAUGGUUCAUGGAUGAUGGGCUCAAGAAAAGUGAAUUCAACGGAAUGCACAAGUGCCGAAACAGUCCCAAGUUGAUCAUUCUUGCACAUAUUCUGGCUACAGCUGUCCGAGAUGGGGACAAAACUUUGGUGUACUCCAAGGACCUGAAUACAUUAAGCAUUGUUGAGUGGUUCCUUUCACAAUCUGACUGGACCAAGCAUGUUACUUCGCUGAAGCACAAAUCAUUUGCAGGUUUGAAGCUUGGAGGAUGGAAAAAGGGCAAAGAUUUUGUCCGGAUCGAUGGGGGUGUUGAUAGCGGCCGACGUGGCAGUCUUGUGGAGAAGUUUAAUGGUGAUCCAAAUGUCAAGGUCUUCACCAUUUCUUGUCUUGCUGGAGGAAUUGGAAUCAAUUUGUGCUCUGCCUCAGUAGUUGUCCUCCUUGACAACCAUUUCAACCCGAGUGUCAGUGACCAAUGCAUUUCCCGUGCCCAUCGUUAUGGUCAAAAGAAGCCUGUGCGCUGCUUUAGGUUGGCCAUGAAAGGAACAAUGGAGGCCAAGAUCUACGCCCGGUCAGUAAACAAAUCUGGAGUUGCACAGCAAGUGAUUGACGGAAACUUUUCUGAGAAGCACUUCCACUUCUCAGCUGAGGAGCUGGAGGAUCUGAAGGACUUCAAGUCCUCUGUUGAAUGCAGUAGAUGUGGCAAAUGGCGCUCAUUCCCUGCAGACCAAGACCUUCCGGAUCAAGAUGCAAAUUGGUAUUGCGAGAUGAAUACAGACCAGCGAUACAACAGCUGCACUAUUCCUGUCGAGGCAGCUCUGUUGGAGCACUACCGAGGGCAAAGCCGUGUGCAAGAAGAUGGCCUCCUACGACACCUCUUGCGUGUGGUGAAUCCUAAGACUAUGAAGAAAGAAAUUGUGGCAAGCCAUACGCCAGUAGAGAUCAUUCACGAGUCGGACUGUUCUUGUGAAGAUGCCAUUGCCAAGUUGGAGGGAGAAAUUGCAGAUCAAAAGAAAAAGAUUGCCCUGCAAGGGAGGGGUGUUGCAGCUUCAAGAAGUGAUGGGGCAGCAGUUGUGGUUGUACAGCCCAAACUGGAAGCAAUGCCACAAUUGCCCGGAGCUGGUGGCGCGCCACAAGAGAUUGUUGACCUUACAUUGUUUGAUGAGCCGGACAGCAAACGACCAAAGGUGGCUGUCUAACUACGGUACUGUUGUAUCGCUAGAGCUAUGCCCCAAGAUUAUCGUUGUUGACCUUGCUAUAGCUCGCCAAUCUCUGUUGAUAACAAAACUGAUUACUAAUACACACUUCUUUCCU